UAAAUUAAAUUUAAAAUUGUACUGUUCUACUUUUAAUGAUGUAAAUUAUACCAACUAGUGUUUAAACUUUACAUUUUAUUAUAAUAAAGUAUUGAUUUUAAUUAAUGUUAAUUAUCUUUAAGAUACAAAAAUGGAUGUCACAUCCGAUAGCAGUAGUCGAACCCUGUCCCACUGCCAAAGUGCCUGUUCAUAUGGGUCCUCUACUAUUGAUGACCAUGAUGACCUAAAUGCCAAAGAUGACGACAUGACAUUUUGCAUGUCAAACUAUGCAAAGGAAGCUUUAAAAAUGAUGUUUAUGAUGCGUUCACAUAAUAUGCUUACUGAUGUGAUACUUGAGGUAAAGCAAGAGCUAUUCCCUGCCCACAAAGUUGUCCUGUCAGCAGCAUCGCCAUAUUUCAAAGCCAUGUUUACUGGAGGUCUCAAGGAGACCGAAAUGUCUCGCGUUCAAUUACAAGGGGUGUGUCCGACAGCUAUGGGUCGUAUCAUAUAUUUCAUGUACACCGGUCAUAUCCGAGUGACGGAGGUGACUGUUUGUCAACUGCUGCCAGCAGCAACUAUGUUUCAAGUUCCAAAUGUUAUUGAUGCCUGUUGUGCCUUUCUAGAACGACAACUGGAUCCAACAAAUGCGAUAGGAAUAGCAAGUUUCGCAGAACAACAUGGAUGCACUGAACUCCAAAAAAAGGCCAAUCACUUUAUAGAACGCCAUUUUACACAGGUUUGUCAAGAGGAGGAGUUUUUGCAGUUAUCAGCUUAUCAAUUGAUCGCUUUGAUUCGCCGUGAUGAACUAAAUGUGCAAGGUGAAAGAGAAGUUUAUAAUGCCGUUCUUAAGUGGGUGAAAUUUGAUGAAGAAAAUCGUUAUCCUAAAAUGGAACAUAUUUUAUGUUCGGUUCGUUGUCAAUUUCUCACACCUACAUUCCUUCGUGAGCAAAUGAAAAACUGUGAUGUUUUGCGAAAAGUACCUGCUUGUCGUGAGUAUUUGGCAAAGAUUUUUAAAGACUUGACUCUACACAAACGGCCGGUUGUGAAAGAACGUAAACCAAAUACCACUCGUAUGAUAUUUGUUGCUGGUGGAUUUUUUCGUCAGUCUCUAGAUAUUUUAGAGGCCUAUAAUGUUGACGAUAAAACAUGGACAACGUUACGCAGCUUGCGAAUACCGCGUUCAGGUUUGGGUGCUGCCUUUCUAAAAGGAGUAUUUUAUGCUGUCGGCGGAAGAAACAAUUCAAUCGGAUCCUCUUAUGACUCGGAUUGGGUUGAUCGUUACAAUGCAUUAACUGAACAUUGGAGACCGUGUGCACCGAUGACAGUCCCGCGACACCGUGUUGGAGUUGCUGUUAUGGAUGAACUAAUGUAUGCAGUGGGUGGAUCGGCUGGUUCUGAAUACCAUAACACAGUUGAAUAUUACGAUCCUGAACUUGAUCGUUGGUUUCCAGUCCAGCCAAUGCACGCUAAGCGGCUGGGGGUUGGUGUGGUUGUGGUAAAUCGGCUUCUAUAUGCAGUUGGUGGCUUUAAUGGCACUGAGCGUCUGGCUUCUGUCGAACGUUAUCAUCCCGAAAAUAAUGCCUGGAGUUUCAUUCCACCCAUGACCUGUGGCCGCAGUGGUGCAGGUGUGGCAGCAAUUAAUCAAUACAUUUAUGUGGUUGGUGGUUUUGAUGGUACACGACAAUUGUCUUCCGUGGAACGCUUUGACACUGAAAACCAAGUAUGGGACCAUGUUGCACCCAUUAAAAUUGCACGCAGUGCUUUGUCGUUAACAUCGCUAGAUGGAAAACUAUAUGCAAUUGGAGGUUUUGAUGGUACGAAUUUUCUUUCAAUAGUCGAAGUUUACGAUCCAAAAACUAAUACUUGGGAACAAGGUACUCCGCUUAGUUCGGGAAGGUCGGGUCAUGCAUCCGCCGUCAUUUACCAACCGUCAUGCGUUAAUAAUUUCAUGGAUUGCGUAGAAGAUGAGGGCCAGAAGCGUGAUGGCAGUGGACCGGGCAGUAAUGAUAGUCGUUCUGAUGACAACUCAAGUGACCAACCUAGUGGAAGCCGGACGGAUAGUUCAUUAGGAGGAAGUUCAUCGUUUGUUGGCUUUCAGACAUCAUUUGGAAGCAGUGGGUGUCGGAAUUGUGAAAGUGAAGAAGUACCCACAUCAAAAGAAGAAAAUUCCACAAGCAAUAUAAGCAAGAAAAACGACCAUUUGGUUAAAUCACUGCCGUCAUUAUCAUCUGUAAAAGACAUUCCUCAUAGAAAAUAUCACAGUCGUUUUUAUAAGAAAAUUUGUAAAAAUAUAAAUAAAGAAACUAAUUCAACCGCAGAGGCUCCACCAGUUAUGUCAUAUUUGGAUCAGCUUUCAUUCUCCUUACCAAACGAUAUUGAAAAUUCCACUACUUUUGUAAAUUCCAACAUUAAUGACAAUAAUGUUAAUAUCAAUACGAAUAAAAAUCACACAACAACGCUCCCUUCUCCGAAUGCCAAAAGAAAAUGCCACCUGUCAGAAUUCAGAACAAAGUGCCUCAUCGAAGUCAUACAAAAGUAUAAUGCUCGUAAUGUCGUCCAAGAAUAUCUAAACUCAUUACUAGAAAAGCAUUCAAAAAAGUUUGGAGCUUUAUCAUGAUCGUUUUUAUGUUAAUGUAACUAUAGCAUACAAAUGUUCAUAUAAGUUAUUUACGCACAAAAACACGCAUUCAUAUUUCGUCGCCUAUAACCGAAAAUCUCGGAAAGACUUCUUCUAAAUAAUUCCCUGAUUCUAAAACGUCUACUGAAUAGGUUUUAACUAUAUAACUUUAUAUUAUAUAAUUAUAAACAACGCCCAGUAUCUUAAUCAGAUUCUUAAAAAUAAUAUGACAAAUUAUGAAUAUGCAAUUUUUUUCAAUUCUUACGAUCAGUAUUUUGAGUUUUAAACAAUUACCAUUAUUUGAGCUAAUUAAUGUAUUUGUUCUUUUUUAAAUUUAAAUUGACAUUGUUUUGCUCACUAAAACAGAAAAAAGUUUUUAUUAAAAACUUAAAUUGAAUCUUUAAGAAAAACAAGUUUUACAAGGUUAGUUAUUAGUUUAUGCUUAAUAUAUUUUUUUACUAAAACAUGAUCCUUUGAAUAAAUUUUAAAAAUGAUGAAAUAUUCGAACGAACAAAAUUAAAGGCUUUUGGAUCAGAGGAAUAAGAAAUUUUUAGUUUUGGUACGAUACACAAACUAUAUUCCUAUUAAUAUAUCUAUUUAUAAUCAAUGUAUACCUGAGUGUUCUCAAAGUCUGGUGGUAUAGAUAGAAUAAUAAAUAAAAAUAGAUUUUUAAGUAAUUCACAUUAAGUUGUUAUGUCUCUUAUUAGAGAGACAAUGUUGUACAUAUAAAAUUUAAAUAUAUAAUUUUUACUGAAACCUAAUACAUACAUACCAAUAAAAAUUCCCUAAAAUACAAACAUUAUUAAUACUACAGAAAAUAAAGGCUCACUUAAAUUAUUUUUUUUUUUUUAAUAAAAAUAAUCUGUUUAAGUAACAGUAAGUAAGAUUUGCAUAAUUUAAAGAUUGUUGUGAUUCCUAAAUGCCAAAUUUAAUUAAAAUUAUUUUUUAACUCUGUAGUUUGUUGGCGGUGUAUUAAACACUCAAAAUGUUUGGCAACAAACACAAGUCUGAUCGUCCUUAAGAAAUACUGGCGAUGACGCGAGAGUUAUUC